UAAAAAUUAAUCAAUGCUAAGAUAAAUAUUAAGAUUUAAGAUGAUUUUGAAAUAGAAAUAGAGAUGAAGACUAAUGAGAAGAAGUCCCCGCUAUUGGAGAUGGCAGAUUAUUUUGAACUUUCGUCAUUUGCUAAACAUGUUUAUAAAUGUUGUCUUGAAUUUUUACCUAAUUGUGUUACACAAGAUGAUAUUCAGAAUAUGCUUAAAAAUAAAAGUAUUGAAGAUUUAGAAAAGAUAAUUAAUGAGCUUCUUGGAAAAAGAUUGAUAGAUGCAUUUGUUCAAGGAAAUCAAUUAGUAUAUAAAGCAGUACAAAAAGAUGAAGCAAAAAAGAUUUCUGCAAUGGAUGGAGAUGAGGCAAUGGUAUUCAAUUAUAUAAAAGAUGCAAACAAUGAUGGAAUAUGGAGUAGGACUAUAAAAAUUAAAACAAAUUUGCAUACGACAGUUUUAAAUAGGGCUUUAAAAAGCUUAGAAUCAAAGCAAUUAAUUAAAGCUGUUAAGUCAGUUAAAAAUCCAACGCGAAAAAUAUUUAUGAUUUAUGAUUUAGUUCCUUCUAUUGAGCUCACUGGUGGGCCAUGGUUUACUGAUCAAGAAAUGGAUUUAGAAUUUAUAGAACGAUUGCAAGGCGCUUUAUAUAAAUAUAUAUUAUCUCAUUCUUAUCCAAAGUCUUCAGAUGGUUUAUUUCCGCCAUCAUAUUCUGGAUAUUUAACUGCCCACCAAAUUCAUUCUUGGCUUAAAAAUAGUGGAAUAACAGAAGUAGAUCUUGAAUUAUCUGAUGUUGUAAGUUUAUUAAAUGUUCUUGUUUAUGAUAGGAAAAUAGAAUAUUGUUUAAAUGGUACUGCAUUUAAAGCCUUACGUAAACCUACUCAUAAAAGCAUUUAUGAAUCUACGGAAUCCGCUUGUGAUUUUUGUUCAUUAAAUAAUACUUAUUCCAAAGAAAAAAACCUAUCUACUAACUCUUGUAUCUAUUUUCGUUCUUGGUUUGACAACAAUAUAUAA